CAAACGUCACGAUGACGUCGUUUCCGGUGAAGUGUCUUUGCCUGUCAUGAACAAUGGCGUCGGGGGCGAUUGUUGACGAUUCAUCAGGCAAAGAUGCUAUUUCGGAGGGACUGCGAAACCUUUUAAAACCAGCCAUUCAGCAACUUGAUCUGCAUGUACAUUCUGUCAGAGAAAGCCAAGUGGAACUAAGAGAACACAUCGAUAACCUUGCCACAGAAUUAUGCAGGAUAAAUGAACAUCAAAAGGUUGCUCUAGACUUGGACCCUUAUGUAAAGAAACUUCUGAAUGCCAGACGAAGAGUUGUGCUUGUAAACAACAUUUUACAGAAUGCUCAGGAACGACUCAGAAGACUAAACCACAAUGUAGCCAAAGAGACGGCGCGGAGAAAGACGAUGCUAGAGGCUUCAGGAGUGUUCAACUCCCGCUCCCCCAGCAAACCCUGAGCAUCCGCUUCCUCUGCACAGCAAAUAUACUAUGUGGAUUAUCCCAAACCAGAAGGCACACAUCAGUAUAGGAUGCUUGAGGAAAGACCGCCUGCAUCAUCUGAUAUCAUAAUCCAAAUUCAGACUGCUUUGUCUGGCAGCAUUCUAUGUCACACGCCGGUGGUUGUUUCGUUUCACGAUGAAGCAUUGUUUUUCCAUGCACAAUUGUUUGACAUUUACUACUUAUGGAUGCUACUGACAACUAAAUGUCUUGAUUAUGCAACAGCACUCCCUUCCAUUGGUUGUUUAUGUUUCUUUAUGAAUGUGUCUCAUGUUAUCUUCCAUUUGGAGCUGUAUGUAAAGUGUUUACAUGGAUGAGUUGUUUUCCAUUUUGUAGCUGUGCCUUUUAAUCGGUUUAAUUAAUUGAAUUGCACUGAGCUUAUCCGUUAUUUGUAUAUGAGUUUGGCCCAUCGAACCCAAAAGGAAAAUAAUGGCGGGUAUACCACAACCGAGUAGAAAAUGAAGAUACCUAAAAUAUGUGUGAUGUCAUAUGUGGUACAUUGUACAUGUAUUUUAAAUAACUAAUCUUGACACUUUUUUGUGUUUAUUACUACUAAGGUACUUAAAAUCGAACCAGAGAGCAUAUUUCGAAUUAUUUUAAACGAUGACAUUUAUAUUUGCAUAUUUGUUACAAAUGUCUUGUCCGGCUUCCCGUAGCUAAAGCUAAAAGCUAUGUUUCCCUCGCUUGUUUUAGAUUAAUUCAUUGAAAAAAUAUAGUAAGAACAGUUAAAUUGUCAUGGACACCCUAAUAAAGCAUUACAAUUGUUUUAAAAA